ACAAUAUGCACUAACUAGUUUAUUUUAUAUAAAUACAUGUUCUGUCUGUCUUUUACACACCUAUAAUCAGAAUUUUAUGUCCUUAAAGUAACUAUUUUUUACUUUGCCAACAGCCUAAACGACUCUAAUAUUUCAUAGUGAUGAUGGUUGAAGGGGUCUGUCUGACGUGAGGACUCCACACCAUAACGGACAGUAGCCUCCUCUAAAUUUAAGCAGGCUGCUGAGCCUUACAAUUUAAUUAUGCGUCAUUUUAUAGAUUCUCUGCUCGGUUUUCCUCACUGCCUCCUUCCUUCUCCUCGUUUGGGUCUGUGGCAGCUCCCUGUGCGCGCUUUCGUUCCAAAGGGGGCUGUCUGUCUUUGAUGGGAUCCAGCUGUUGGCCAAGUGCUCUGGGGGCCCGUUUAUUUGCAUUGCUAAACAAUCCGUGGAGUGGGCCGAGUACGGAGAAAUACAGCAAGUUUUCUCUUUUUUAUAUAGUAAGACCCUCCUCUUACUAUUGGCCAAUGUUCUCACACGUUCCUGCCAUCGGUCGACAGGACGGCCGCAUCGGGUGACCAAAGCCAAGUGUCUCGACAUUCAAGUGAACGCGCGUACGCGGAGGGAGCGCUUUGGGCACUUCAUUUUGCGCUUUGGGUCCUGCGAGCCCGUAAAGGUAGUAAAACCACAAAGAUCAACUCGUUUCCUACAGCGAGGGGUUUACGGGUCGGCGGUGUGACGUUCUUUCCAAGGGAACCACAAGGAUCCACAUAAACAUGUUAUUUGAACUACGUGGCUUGAGUUGGUCGACCAACAAAAGAAUGUUGUCCGUUUUAAUAAGUAUCAUAUGCUGCAUUCACUCCGGGAAAAGUCAGACUUGCACAGAUGGAUUUACUUAUGACCGCCGUGCCAGACAGUGUAUCGACAUUGAUGAGUGCCGGACACUUCCAGACCCGUGUCGGGGUGACAUGCAGUGUGUAAAUCAGAAUGGUGGAUACCUUUGCAUCCCCCGCGGACUCUACUCCCAAUCCUAUGUCCGAAACAGUCCACGUUCCUAUCCCGAAGAGUCCUACCCUGACAGAUCGUUGGGAUACUCUGAACCAUUAAUUCCUAACAUUCCUCCUGUUGGAGCAGGUCCUGGUCCAGGCCCCGGUCCAAGCUACCCAAUAGUGAGCCGGUCCACUCCCUGCAUCCUUGGAUAUACACUUGGUGCCGAUGGCACUUGUGUUGAUGUUGACGAAUGUGAGGCAGAGUCACACCAGUGUAACCCGACUCAGGUGUGUAUAAAUACAGCUGGUGGAUAUACCUGCUCAUGUACUGAAGGCUACUGGCUGGUGGGUGGACAGUGCCAAGACAUUGAUGAGUGUCGCUAUGGUUACUGCCAGCAGCUGUGCGCUAAUAUCCCUGGCUCAUAUUCCUGCUCCUGUAGCCCUGGAUUCCUUCUUAAUACUGAUAGCAGGACAUGCCAAGAUGUGGAUGAGUGUGAGACAAACCCAUGCUCACACGGCUGUUUGAACACAUACGGCUCAUUCAUGUGCACCUGUGAUGAGGGCUUCGAGCUCGCUUCUGAUGGGACCACCUGCAAUGAUCUGGAUGAGUGCAGUUUCUCAGACUUCCUUUGUCAGCACACGUGUGUGAACACACCAGGAUCAUUCUCCUGCAUUUGUCCACCUGGAUAUUACGUGUAUGAGGAUGGAAGGAGCUGUGAAGACCUCAAUGAAUGUGAGUCUGGUAACAACACCUGUACAACAGCACAAGUGUGUUUCAAUUUCCAGGGAGGUUACACAUGUCUGGACCCUCUUAGAUGUGAUCCACCUUACAUAGAGCUCAGUGACAAUCAGUGCAUGUGCUCUGCGGAGAAUCCCGCUUGUCGGGAACGACCCUUCACUAUUCUGUACAGGCAUAUGGAUUUGUCUUCUGGCCGCAGUGUUCCUGCCGAUAUAUUUCAAAUGCAGGCCACCACACGUUACCCUGGAGCAUUUUACAUCUUUCAGAUCAAGUCUGGCAACGAGGGGCGAGAGUUUUACAUGCGGCAAACCAGUAAUAUCAGUGCAACUUUGGUUCUGGCCCGGCCCAUUAAAGGACCGAAGACCAUCGUUCUAGAUCUAGAGAUGGUUACCGUUAACAACGUCAUCAACUUCCGAGGCAGUUCAAUCAUCCGCCUCACAAUAUUUGUCUCUGAACAUCCAUUCUGAGGCUUUACAAAUGAACCUCUGACCUCUCACCUCUUCAUGGCCCCAUACCUCUAUCUUGGACUCCCUGUUACUGCACUAACCGUCAGGCAGCUGCAUUUCUUCAUUUUGUUUGUUCUGUGGAUCUGGACUCUCAAUUGGUCAUCACCCUCUCUGUCUGCUCUCUAGUGGGUGGAGCUUGUGCUGAUGUCUGAUAUUUCACAAUGCAGGUUUUUCAUUAGGCUGCCUGGCUGUCAUUGUCGUCUGCAGUCACACGCAUGUACCCGUACACAGAAGAAUAUUUAUGUUGUGUUUUUUCUUGUUUGUUCUACAUUUCCCAUUGUGCUUUUUCUUGCCACAAUUGCAGAUCCUUAAGUGUCUUGUUUUUUUGUUUUUUUUGUUUUUUGUAAAGCUGGAUUUGUUUUUCUACUUUUAGUGGCACCUGUGUCACAUUUUCUCACUGUGAAUGUGAGUAUUUGAGUGCCGCUUUCAUUUGUUCUUGACCUUUGAUGACCCCAAGCAGUGAGAGAGCUGCCAGGCUUGCACAUGCUACAAAAUCCCAUUUUUGAAAAUGUUCUAAAUAUCUCUGACAGGAGUCUGCAGCGCACCUUCCGCACCUGUUUCCCAGGGAAGUCUAAAAAAACGUCUUUAUUUUGGCUCAGAAUUUCUUAUUGAAUCUGUGCGGAAUCUCCUCUGUGUAUCUGUUUUUAUUUGACAGGUAAAGAGAGCCUGGUCAAUCAAUAAACACAAAUUUGAU